CUCGGUGCAGAAGGGGUCCGCAGUCAGAUCAUAGCGAAACGCUCAUAGAUUGACUCUGUCUCUGGUUCUCUUUCGUCUUUCUCCUUCUUCUGAACGAAGGUCGUCAAGUCUUCUCCGAAGAAGCCUCUCUCUCGCUCUAUGUACCCUCUGGUUAUUAAGCUAAAGAUUUAGCUAAUAAACUCUUAAGUCUUAAUUCACUUCGUUAAUCGGUAUUAUUCACCAUGGUAAUCCAAAGGUACACCCUCUCUGUUUUUGUAAUCAUUGGGUUUUUCUCAAUCGUAGCCCAAUCACUCAGAUUCGAUAUCCAAUCGGGUCGCAUGAAAUGCAUAACCGAAGACAUCAAAUCCAAUUCCAUGACCAUCGGCAAGUACUCCAUCGUCAACCCCAACGAAGGUCAUCCUCUGCCCGACUCUCACAAAAUCACCGUCAGUGUGACAUCGGCGUAUGGGAAUAGUCACCACUCUUCGAACCAUGUGGAGUCGGGUCAGUUUGCGUUUCAGGCUGUGGAAACUGGAAAUUACAUGGCUUGCUUUUGGGCAGCUGAUCACAAUCCUCAGAUGACCAUUACUAUUGAUUUUGAUUGGAAGUCUGGUGUGGCUGCUAAGGACUGGACCAAUGUUGCCAAGAAAGGCUCCGUUGAUACUAUGGAAUUAGAGCUGAAGAAAAUGUAUGAAACUGUUACAUCCAUUCAUGAUGAGAUGUUUUUUCUCCGAGAAAGGGAACAAGAGAUGCAGGAGCUCAACAGAUCAACCAACUCCAAGAUGGCAUGGUUAAGUUUUCUUUCGCUUGUUGUUGGCUUAUCAGUAGCAGGUUUGCAGCUAUGGCAUUUGAAGAGCUUUUUUGAGAAGAAGAAGCUUAUAUAAUUUUGUCAUGGACAAUAUAUAGUUUUCAUAUUUCUCUCAUGUACAAGUUUCCAUCAAUAACAUAGUCGUAACAUUCUUAUUGAAUUUAUAAUAAUUGAGGUACCAAUUUGCACACAGUAUUAGGGAGAUUCUUGAUUCUUCAUUGAGUUCUCUACACAUUGAUUAUUGUUUAUAACCCAUUUGUGGCAACAACCUGAAAACCACCGUAUUUUUCAUGCAGUUUAAGUUCCA